AAAAAUUAAUAAGUGGCAAAACUAAAAACUAACUAACCAGAAAGGCUAUCUCCCCAAAAGUAUCUCAUUUCCAAUGAGUACCAUAAUCUUCAACUUAAGACCAUGUCUUCCUUCCCACAAACCCACCUUCACAACGUCAACAUUAUCAUCUUCACCAACAACACUCAGAGUUCGUGCCACCUUUCAAGAUUCUAAGCCACCCAACACAACCCAACAACAACAGCUCAACCUCUCCGUUCUUCGCUUCACCUUAGGGAUACCUGGAUUGGAUGAAUCCUAUUUGCCCAGAUGGAUUGGUUAUGGCUUUGGUUCCCUUCUCUUCUUGAAUCACUUCCUUGGCACAGAUUCAGCUACUAUGACACCUGCCCAGCUUACUACAGAGGUUUUGGGUCUGUCUUUGGCUUCCUUCUCUGUUGCUCUACCUUACCUUGGUAAAUUCCUCAAGGGUGCUCAACCAGUGGAUCAAGCAACUCUACCUGAUGGUACACAGCAAAUAUUUGUCAUGUCACAAGAUAUAGCUGAUGGUCUGAAGGAGGAUCUAGCUUGGGCAUCAUACGUUCUGCUGCGUAAUUCAAAUGCCAUAGCUGCGCUAAUUUUUAUUCAAAGAGAUAUAUGUGCAAGGGGCUAUUGGAACAUACCUGAUGGUUCAUCUAAAGAAAUUCUUCUUGAUUGGUUUGCGAAAAAAAUUGAAAAGCCUGAACGUUUGACUGAUGUCUCAGAUUCUGAAUUUCCGGAACUUGUGUCUAAAGGGACUAGCUCCCUCCUGGUGCAACCAGUGCUAGUUAAUAAUCAGAGUGCAGCUAACUUGCGAAAACCAGUGGGGUUUAUUCUGCUGGCCUCAGCUGCAAGGUAUGCAUUUAGUACUAAGGACAGAGCCUGGAUUGCAGCUGUGGCCAACAAACUCGGUGAAUAUACAGUUACAAACCUUCCAAUGCAGAAUCAAACUUUUUGCUAUGAGGGAAGUGCUGGAAGGACCAAGCUCUGCAAAUAA